AUGGAUUAUCGUAGCUUCUUUGCAAAGUUUUUUAUAGUCUUUUGUUUGGUGGCAAAGACCACGCAAAAUGACGAUGGCUCCGCGGAACACAAACCGAGUCUUCGCAUAUUAAACGGUCAAGUUGCUGCCCCAGGACAAUUCCCAUAUCAGGUAUCCGUGCGUCUUAAUUGGGAGCAUAUUUGUGGUGGCGUAUUGGUGUCUCCAAACUUUGUGCUUACCGCAGCACAUUGUGUCUACAACAUUAGUCAGACCUUCUUAAGUGUACAAGCUGGCACCCUGAGCCGCACUGCUGGCGGGCAGUCCCGUCCAGUUUGUCAUGUUAUUGUAUAUCCUCAGUAUGAUUUCGAUAACGAUAUAGCUUUGCUGCAGCUGGAAACACCAUUCGACUUGUCCUAUUAUAUACAACCAAUAAGAGUUGCUGAUUGGGAUGCACCGCCAGGAGAAUCGGUUAUCAUUUCCGGUUGGGGUCGCAUAUCUGAAGGUAGUCCGCUAUCUACUAAAUUAUUGUAUAGCAGAGCACUGACAACUGAGAGUAAUGAUUACUGCGUUGGAGCUGAUGGUUUAGCUAACCCCGCCAUACUAUGCCUUACUACUCCUCAGGGUAAUGGUUUUUGUGGUGGCGACGAUGGUGGUCCAGUUGUUUAUAGAAACGUUCUAAUUGGUAUUGCCAGUUAUAAUGCAAAAGCUUGUGGCACUAUUUCGUACGGUGGUUUUACUAAAGCGUCUUACUAUAAGUAUUGGAUACAAGGCGUUAUUUAUGGCUAAGCGCUGUAUAGUAUGUUUUAUGCAUUUCCAAAAAGCAAAAAUUAAAUAUAUAUUUUCAAAGCGCAAAAA